AUGCAGAGCACCGUGAAGCUCGCGGUGCUAGCUUUACUGCUAGCGGCAGCAGCUCACCAUGGUCUGCUGCCGCUGCCGACGGCGCGAUGCUACUGGCUCAACCCGGAGAUCUACGACGCCGGCGGGCUGAGCCGCCGCACGUUCCCGGAGGGCUUCGUCUUCGGGACUGCCGCGUCGGCGUACCAGGUCGAGGGGAUGGCCAAGCACGGGGGCCGGGGCCCCAGCAUCUGGGACGCCUUCAUAGAGGUACCUGGGACCAUCCCUAACAAUGCCACCGCUGAUGUGACGGUCGACGAGUAUCAUCGGUACAAGGAAGAUGUGAACAUAAUGAAGAACAUGGGCUUUGAUGCGUACCGCUUUUCGAUUUCUUGGUCGAGGAUUUUCCCAAAUGGAACUGGCAAGGUGAACCAGGAAGGAGUGGAUUACUAUAACAGGCUCAUAGAUUACAUGCUUCAGCAAGGCAUCACCCCGUAUACAAAUCUCUACCAUUAUGACCUCCCAUUGGCACUCCAUGAACAGUACUUGGGCUGGCUUAGCCCAAAGAUUGUGGAGGCGUUUGCAGACUACGCCGAGUUCUGCUUCCAGACGUUCGGGGACAGGGUGAAGAACUGGUUUACCUUCAACGAGCCAAGGUGCGUCGCCGCUCUGGGCUACGACAAUGGCUUGCACGCACCGGGAAGGUGUUCCAAAUGCGCUGCCGGAGGCAACUCCACAACGGAGCCAUACCUUGCUGCACACCAUCUCAUCCUUUCUCAUGCAGCUGCGGUGAGGCGAUACCGCGACAAGUAUCAGCUUUACCAAAAAGGUAGAAUUGGAAUUCUCUUGGAUUUCGUGUGGUACGAACCUUUCAGCGACAGCAAUGCAGACCAGGCUGCAGCACAGCGAGCCAGGGACUUCCACCUAGGCUGGUUCCUUGAUCCCAUUAUAAAUGGACGGUAUCCGUACUCGAUGCAAGAGAUUGUCAAAGACAGGUUGCCAUUGUUCAGCGAUGAAGAAUCCAGGAUGGUGAAAGGCUCUAUAGACUAUGUUGGCAUCAACCACUACACUUCUUUCUACAUGAAGGACCCUGGGACAUGGAACCUGACGCCAGUCAGCUACCAGGAUGAUUGGCAUGUUGGUUUUGUCUACGAACGAAACGGCGUUCCUAUUGGCGCUCAUGCAAACUCCUACUGGCUGUACAUUGUGCCGUGGGGAAUCAACAGGGCUGUCAACUAUGUCAAGGAAACUUAUGAAAAUCCUACAAUGAUCCUUGCUGAAAAUGGAAUGGACCAGCCUGGUGAUGUCAGUAUUACUCAGGGUGUGCAUGACACAGUAAGAAUCUGUUAUUACCGAGACUACAUAACUGAGCUCAAGAAGGCAAUAGAUGGCGGUGCAAGAGUCAUUGGGUACUUUGCUUGGUCGCUGCUUGACAACUUCGAGUGGAGGCUUGGGUACACUUCGCGGUUUGGCUUGGUCUAUGUGGACUACAAGACGCUGAAGAGGUACCCCAAGGACUCAGCUUUCUGGUUCAAGCAUAUGCUCUCCAAGAAGAGGAGCUAG